AUGACGGGUGUACCGAGUCUGCCCUUCCUUCCCAUCGAGCUUCGAGCUGGGGUGCUCAAGAAUCUGGACUCGUACGAGGACCUGCGGAGUGCUAUCCAAAGUAGCCGGUCUCUUUGCAGUGCCUUCUACGCAUACCGUAAAACCAUUCUUGGGCAGAUCGUGCGCAACCUCCUCGAGCCCGAGGCGUACUCUGCAGCACUGGCAGUCCACCUCUGCCCACGCAACAAAUCGCAAUUUUGGGACGCGAGUGAGAAGAAAGAAGCCAGCCAGAAGGACAUCCAGGAUAGGCUUGGGCAACAUAUCGACUCCUGCCGUAACAGCCUCGAUGAGUUGCCUUUCCCUGGCGACGAACGCAGCAUCGCAGAUCUCUACCGCCUGACCUGCAUCAUCAACUGGGCUGUAGAUAGAUGGACCGAACAGAGCUGGCAGAUUAACGUGUAUAAGCUCGAUCGUGAUGGGAAGGGCCCGACCGAACCCGAGUGUUACUCCCUAACCCGAACCGAGCGAGCGCGGCUGCAGACGAUGCUGUUCCGCUGGGAGCUGCUCACGCGAACCGUCGGCCUGAGCGGAGGCGACUAUCCCAACCUCCCCACGAAGCAGAUCGACGCCAUGCUCGACGGCUUCGACGGCUUCGAGAUGCAGCAGCUGCUCACGAUCGACAACUGGGUGCUCGCCGACUACCGCCAUUUCCUCAACGACUUCGAGGCCAGCUUCAUGCUAGAACUGAGAAAGGCCGCCGCGUAUCGGGCUGCACUUAAGCAGGCGGCGCUGGACCAAGGCGCGCAACCAAUGGAGGGGUAUGACAAUUCCGUGCGUGUCAGCGAUGCCGUCAUGGACCACAGCCUGCCCUACUUCCUCGACACGCAGGCCAAUGCAUUCCGGCAACCCCGAGACCAGUUCAUCGGCGUGCUGCAGAGCCUGGGCCUGACGCUCUACCGGCACCUGUGCGAGGGCGGCUACGAGGCCCGCCGGACGAUCCUGACGUCGACGUACACGCAAUUCCUGGGCCUCAGCCGCGACUGGCUGACGCCGCCGUUCCAGCGGUGGGUCGCCAUGCACGGGUGCCCGUUGACGCAGCUGAUCCGGCGGCGGCCGGCGCCAGUUGACGACAAUGAGUACCCCAACGACGCGGUGCGCGUGUUCAUCGAGCACCUGCGCGAUACCAAUAACAACGACGUUGACAUGGACGACGCCGACAACAGCAACAACUCGUACGCCCGCAGCACGGUGCCCCACGACGACCUCAACGAGGUAAAAUUCUACCUGCAGUCGACGGGGUGGUGGUUCUGGUCGGACGCGCGCGUGACGGCCAUGGGCAUCUGGCAGCACCGGCUCUUCGUCGUCCAGGAACCCGUGGGGCUCCUGCACGACUACGCCGAGGACCACGCGGCGGGGCGGCUGCGCCGCCAUACGGCAGUGCAGCGGAGGCUCGUCGCGGCGCAGCUCGAGGUGCAUAGGGAUGACUGGCUCCAAAUUGCGGAUCGGUACAGGCUCGUCGACCUGGGGACCGGGCGCGGGCAGGCGGAGGUGUUUCGGGGGGUUCUGAGGUUGAAUUCGGGAGUGGUGUAG